CCAUUUGAAGGGCACCAGUUUGUCUGCUCUUCUAAAAGAGGGGUUCUGUGCUAUUCAGAACUCCCAGAAGCCCCUGCCAGCAUGGUCAAUGGUCAGGAUAGUUGAGGGUUGAAGUCGAAAACGUCUGGCGAUCUACCUUCUGCCCAUCCAUGCUCUAGAAGGACAUAGUAGUGGUAAAAGAUAUUGAAUCAUGCCAUUAGUCAAAAGGAGCAUUGAACCUCGGCACCUUUGCCGAGGAGCUCUGCCUGAGGGAAUUACUAGUGAAUUAGAAUGUGUAACCAAUAGUACUCUUGCUGCUAUUAUACGUCAACUUAGCAGCCUAAGCAAGCAUGCUGAAGACAUAUUUGGUGAACUGUUUAAUGAGGCCAACAACUUCUACAUAAGGGCAAAUUCCCUUCAAGAUAGAAUUGACCGCCUUGCUGUCAAAGUUACCCAGCUGGAUUCAACUGUGGAAGAAGUCUCAUUACAGGAUAUUAACAUGAAAAAAGCAUUCAAAAGUUCUACAAUACAAGACCAGCAGGUGGUUUCAAAGAGCAGCAUUCCCAAUCCUGUAGCUGAUAUUUAUAAUCGGAGUGACAAACCUCCUCCACUGAAUAUUCUUACUUCAUAUAGAGAUGAUAAAAAAGAUGGAUUGAAGUUCUAUACUGAUCCAUCUUAUUUCUUUGACCUCUGGAAAGAGAAAAUGUUACAAGAUACGGAAGACAAAAGAAAAGAGAAGAGACGACAAAAGGAGCAAAAACGUAUAGAUGGCACAACCCGUGAGGUGAAAAAGGUUAGAAAAGCAAGGAACAGGCGCCAGGAGUGGAAUAUGAUGGCAUAUGACAAAGAGCUUAGACCAGACAACAGGUUGUCUCAAAAUCUGUACCAUGGAGCAUCAUCCGAGGGAUCUGUGUCCCCUGAUACUAGAUCCCAUGCCUCAGAUGUUACCAAUUACUCAUAUCCUGCUACUCCAAAUCAUUCUCAUCAGCAGCCAGUAUUGCCUUCAUAUGGAGCAGGAGACGUCCCUCAGUACAUGCUUGCAAGCCAGGGCCAUGAACAUGAAUACAGGCCACCUUCUACAACAAUGCGGCAGGCGACCUUGAGCAGACCUCAGCAACCACCCCCACCCCCACCCCAAGCCUUAGAUGGACCCCUUGGCACGGUAGCCCUGGUACCAGCAGAUUAUGGGAUGCUUGCAGCUCAGAUGGUGGAUUAUUACAAUCCUUCAGGACCCCCGCCGCCUCCCCCUCCACCCAUGAUUCCUUCUGCACAGACCGCUUUUGUUAGUCCUCUCCAAAUCCCUGUGCUACCUUCCCAUCCUGGACUAGUGACUGGAUCUAUGUAUUCUGCUGCUCUUCAUCCUCCUUCUACUGGGCUUGUUGUUACAGCUCCCCCUCCUCCAGGCCCGCCUCCUCCCCCUCCAGGCCCUCCUGCUGCAGGAUUCUCUCUCUCCUCCUCUCCGAUGCAUGCUCCUGCAGUGGCUGAGGCAAAACGACACGAGUCCACACAGUCACCCAUCAGUGAUGCUCGAAGUGAUCUUCUGGCUGCCAUUCGGAUGGGAAUCCAGUUGAAAAAAGUACAAGAGCAGCGUGAACAGGAAGCUAAGCGUGAGCCAGUUGGAAAUGAUGUGGCCACGAUUCUUUCUAGGCGCAUUGCUGUGGAGUAUAGCGAUUCGGAUGAUGAUUCAGAAUGUGAUGAAAACGACUGGUCAGACUGAGAACUGGAGAACACAGUACCAAAGCAUUCUAUGCAUUUCUUAAGGAAAUUAUUAAUGGCUUAUGAGCUCUAAUGUAUGUUGGAACAAGUGAAUUGACGGUGUUCUGGACUUAGCCAAUUUUGGUCAUAAUAUGCUUAUGCAGAUUCAAAAACGUAUUUAAUUUUCAGUAUUUACUGCAUAACACAGAAGUGCCAUUGUAUGUAGCAGAUCAUAUUCUGACCAUGAACUUAUGUAAUUUUUUUUAGGCUGCUUGAAUAUUAUAAAAUUAUAAAACCCUUGGUACUUUGAAACUAGUAUAGUUGUUAGUUCUUUGAGGUUAAUUGUACUGCACUGCAGAGCAAUAUCCUCAGGUCAUAAUUUUGCAUCUU